CCAUACCUUACCAGGACUUGGUAAACCUUAAAAGGGAAUACUGUCUGACUAAAGCCAGACAACUAGCCCCUUAAGAGCACAUUUAUAAUUUAUUUAUGGCUUAAUAUUUUCCACUGAUAGGAUUAAUAAAUCAUGUUUUCAUUCAACUUGUUUUCUCUGAGGUAUGAACUUCUCUAUUUUGAUACCAGAUCUUAAUAUGUUUUAUUUUGCUUGUCCGUUUUCCAGUUCAUUUUUGCAGCUACAGGGAGAAAUUUAUUAGUCUGUAUUGCCGCCUUUCUGCUGUUGUGGAGCUGGAUUCUCUGAAUACCCAACAGUCCCUCAGGGAAGCGAUCUCAGACAGCGAGGUUGCAGCUGCCAAACAAAGACACCAGCAGGUUUUAGAUUUCAUUCAGCAAAUAGAUGAAGUUUGGCGUGAAAUGAGAUGGAUCAUGGAUGCUCUACAGUAUGCAAGAUACAAACAACCAGUUUGUGGUUUACCCAUCACUAAGCUGAUAGACCCCUCAGAUGAGCAGAACCUAAAGAAAAUCAACUCUACAUCAUCACAUAUAGACUGUCUUCCAUCACCAUUCCCAUCCCCAGAGAUGCACAGAAGAAAGGCAGUGAGUGAUUCACAGCCCUGCUCUGAUGAAGAAGGCUGCUCAGAAGUCUUCCUCCCCACCGACAGUGACUAUGACUCCAGUGACGCCCUGAGCCCCCGAGACCUGGACCUGGUCUACCUGUCGUCGCACGACAUCGCCCAGCAGGCCCUAAGCGGCCUAAGCGGCAGCGCCCCCGACGUCCUGCAGGUGCACGAUGUGAAGACUCCGCGGGGGCCGGGCCAGGAGCCCCAGGGCCGGAGCCCAGGGCCCGAUGCCGACCACUCGUGCGCCGAGUUCCUCCACAGCCUGAGCCUCACGGGCUUCUCCUCGAAGAACCACGCCAAGAUGGCGCCGGGCGCGUGGCCGCCGCUGGGCUUCCUGGGAAAGCGGAAGCCGGCCAAGCACCAGCACUAUGGUGGCUUCAGCCGCCACCACCGCUGGCUGCGCAUGCACAGCGAGACGCAGUCGAUGCUGCUGUCCGAGGGCGUUUACACGCAACGCCUGUCCCGGGCCUGUGGCCUGACCCAGGAGCCCAGGGAGGCCGAGCGGCUCGGACCUGCCGCUGAUGGGCCGCGGGGCCUGGCUCUGGCCCACGCUGCAAGCCUCCCUGAGGAGCGGAAGAGCAGCCUCCAGGACCCGAGGCCUUCGAUCCGCCGCAUUUACGUGGAGCCGUACCCCGCGGCCCUGGUGGACGCAAAGCCCUGGGCCACCUUGAGCCCGCCCCCUGGAGGCCACUCUGGCCUGCCCAGCCCCACCGGCCCAGAGAUGAGCCCGGAGGGUCCCACCGCCUCCCCAGUGUCAGAAAUACUCAGCAGCAUGCUUUAGGGAGGCCCACAACUGGCUGUCCAUGUUCCACCGCAAGUCCCUGCAUCCUCCAUCACUCUACCCUCAGUUUGCCCCCAGGGUGUCCUCAUCCAUUUUCAAAUGGUUUCAGUGUUAAAAUUCCAAAGAUUACAGGUUCAAGGCCCUCUUUUUUAGAGUCAGGGCGGAGGGGAGCCAGUGUCAUUCCCAGUUCAGCCUACAAAGGGCACAGAGGAGCUUUUGUAUCAACAAGAGUCCUGGACACAACGGCUCAAACAUGCCACCCUGGUGGUGGCACUUGUGGCUGAGGUAGGGCACCCCAAGGAGCCACCCUCAGUUCUGC